ACCACGCCUUUCUUUUGUUGAUAUCUGACAAAAUAUGGCGAGCUGCAUUGUCUGUGUCAAAUUUUCCGAAAAACCCGGACGCCCUCGUCUAGAUGGAGUGGAUCUCGGUUCACCUGUUGCAGAAUUUAGAGAAAGAGUUUCAAAUGUCUUCGAUAUUCCGUCAACAGAUAUAAAUCUAGUUUACUGUGGAAAGUUGAUGAAAGAUGCAGAAACCUUAUCAGGAUGCGGGGUGAAGGCAGGAUGCACCGUGCACAUUCUGAGGAAGAAACUUCCCGAGCCAGAAGUCAAACCAGAGCCCCUUGAUGAUACUGCAAUCCGUCAACUCUUGAAUGCUCUUCAUGCAGCCCUUUUAAACCCAGCUCAUAGACAAGCUGUACACAAGAUUUUGACAAGUCCUGAAACAAUUGAUAACAUCAUCGCUGCUACUCCAGGAAUGUCUACGGACCACAUAGCUAUGUCUAUGCUGAGAGAUCCUCAACUACUUGUUCAAGUUGCUGAUCCUGACAACGUCCGAAGGAUCGUAAAAGCUCAUCCAGCGAUAGGUCAUGCUGUGAUGCACAUUGCAGCAUCAGUCACGGAGGAGGCUGCCCUCGGUGGCAGAGGGGGAACUCUCGGACAAGAUGCCCCAUUAGAUCCAGCCUUUUUCCCUGAUUUAACAUCCGAUGAAGAGAUGGAAACGGCCGAGGGUGGACCAAGCACAAGCCAGGGUGCAGGUCAAAGGUCAAGAGGUCAAGGAGGUCAGGGAGGCAUUACCACAGCACAGCUUACUGCUGCACUGGCUGCCGCUGGAGUUGGCAGACCGGGAAAUGCAGGGAUGAUGUUAAGACCGUUUGAAGGGCCAGUAGGGGGCGCCAAUCAGUCACCAUCGUCAUCAGCAGCAGCAGCACCAUCAUCCCCCAGGCCACCUCCCAACCAGGGUGCUGCCCCGCCCCUAGGAGGAGGGGUAGGGGGAGGGGCACAGCCUCUGCUCACAGCCGACAUUUUCAGACAAGCCAUGAGUCAAGCACUGCAGGUGGCUCAGAGGGGGAGAGGACCAGGUGAUGCCACCGAUGGGGUCACGUCGGCACCCCCGACUCAAAACUUUGAGCCUCAAAUGCAGCAAUUGAGAGACAUGGGACUGACAGACGACACUACUAAUCUGAGAGCACUUCAAGCAACAGGAGGUGAUCUACAAGCAGCAUUGCAUCUAAUUCUAGAGGGAAGAAUGUGAUCAUAGACUGCUCAGUGAUACUAGAAUGAGAUUCCAUUGCACUUGCUCCUAUAGAAAACCCAGGGCCAUGUCUGACAGAGAGUUGUGAUUGAGCCUACCAAUUGCAACUAUGCAAUGCCAUGAACGCUUACAUCUGGAAUUCUUCUGUCCGGUCAAAGAUUUUUUUUUUAAUGUGAUGUCAAUGGAAUACCAACCUUGAAGGGUACGGAACUGAUGAUGCAACUAUAAGACGUUUUUUUUUGCAUUGAAGCGAUGUGGAUACCAAGUCUCAAUGGAAAAUGAUGAAAAAAAACAUUGAUAUGUCAAAUUUGGUGGGAGUCGAUCCAAAGGGCUCCCCCGAGAUGUCACUGCGUAAAUACCUACAGUGGUGCUCACAAGUUAGUGAACCCCAUCAGAGAAUAAAUAUAUUUAUAGUGUUCAUGUUCUGCCAUGUUUCCGAAAUUUAAUUGUGAAGUCAGGUGAUAAAGAUGUUACAUUAAAAAAGUUUGUUUCUCUUACUUCACCAAACAUUGUGAUUUCAAGUCCAGUGUUGGCCUUGGUGUUGAAAUUUGGAAAGCUUCCCUUACAUGUAGCUCCAAAACUUAUUCAGAUUUGUGAAACUGAUCCAGAUCACAUUAUUGACUUCUCAACAACCAGUGAGUGACUUUUCAGGACCAUCUUCAUGCUAUGUUUGGUGUUAUAAUCAUGUUAAAAUUGACCUAGCACCAACACCAAAAGGUCAACACUGAAUUUGAAAUCACCCAUUGUAGUGUUGUUGUCUAUAUUCAACUCUCAGCAUGAAGGAGUGCAUUUUGUGGUGGGAUUCACUACAUUUUUAGCACAACUUUAACUAUUUUUUAUCCCCAUUGAAAAUUGUGUAAAUUGGCCUUGUACCAGAUCCAAUUUAGUCUGAUCAACUUGCCCUGGUUCCAAAUCCAAUUGACGCUGAUAUCAAUUUUGCGAACUAGAUGUUCAUGGCCAUAUCUUGGGCCAAUACAAACCAAUUCAUGUCUUAUUUUACUUUUUUUUUGGUCAUUCGUUACCAAAUAUGGUCAUGAUAUUGCUAGGAAGAAAAAAAUAGGAAGUUGGACACACUUAAUUACUCUGUAACCCAAUUUAUUGUCGGUGCUACUUUUUAUUGAAAAUUGCUAAAUUGGGCCUUCAAGUGAGCCAAACAAAAAGUAACUUAAUAUGGAUUUACUGUUGAAUCUACACACUUGUCAAGAGGGAAGACAGUAUUUGUAAAAUCAGGGAAUGGGGAGAUCCUUACUUGGAAAAUGAAUGCACUGUAAAUAUAUUUGUAUUUAAAAAGCUAGAUGCACAGAAAAGCCAUGAUACACUUCUUCAAAAAUGCUUUUCUCUAAAUAAUGAGCUCAUUAUGAUACUACAUCAUCUAGCUCUCAGCUAGACUGAACCCACAAACACAUUUAACCUCUACUCAUUUUGAAAUAUCAGUGCAAUUAUGUCAUUCAUAUCAAAGGGGUGAAGUAGGUGCAGGGGAAGAUGAAAUAAAGUAGCAUUAAAAAUAGCCCUCAAAUUUUAUUAUUACGAUCCGUACCAGAUAGUUUACAGUGAGGUUUUGAUACAAUUCUGUUCAUGGCAAUUGGCAAAAGAGAUCACGAUAUUUCUAGUUAUUUUCACAAGUAGGUGAGACAAAAUGGUUUGUUGUUCUAACCAUGUGCGCAGUUUUAAUAUGUAUCAAAUCAGAAAUAUUUGUGGUUUCUUUUGUUUAUAAAUGUUCUUAAUUAUAAUAAACUGUUCUUCGUCAAAUAAUUUGGAUGUAUUCUUUGUGUAUGUGAGGGUGUGUUUCCAAUUACAUGUUAUCAGAGUUUGACAAUUACUGACUAACUGGUCUCUUUUGAACAUAAUGUGAAUGCAACAAUAGAUUUGAAAAGCUUUUGCAAGUUUUGGAAUUGAUCGAUGGGGGGGGGGUGUCGUUCCAAAAGUUAAGUCAGUCUAAAAGUCAUGCUAAGUGAUAUUUCAAUGUGUGAUCUCCUUAAAUAAUAUGCAGUAUAUUUUACCCCGCAAGGCGCAAGUGUCCCAGGGGGGGGGGCUACUUACAUGUAGUAUAAACGUAUGAUGCGUAUGUGCCGCGGUCGAGACCUUUCAUUUUCAGCCUAAAUUUCUACCCUCAAAUUUGUGGUUUCUUGUGACUUAGCGCUUUUAUACUGCCACUACAAUGCUACGUUCUGGAGGUCCCGAUUUUUACGGGUUAGUUCUAGAGCAUUCAAUUUUUAGCAAUUAUUGAUCGAAGAGCCUUUCAGGAUACCCCCAUUUUAAGACCAAGAUUUAGUUCAAGAGCCCCCUAUUUGACCAAGAUUUAGUUCUAGAGCCCAUUUUCGACUUUGGUGUGGCACAUAGGUAUCGUGUUAUAAUUCGAGGAGCCCCCUCCCCCAGAGCAAGUGUGAUCUGACCAAUGCAUUGAUGCAUUCUAUACCAAAUUUAACUUGAAAUUAGAAAUGUAAGUUUUAUAAGUCACAUUUUGCUCUUUGUAAAAAACACCCCCACCCCCCAUGUGGUCCCAUAAUAUACAAUGUAGGACUUGCAUGAUUUUCAUUAAUAACGCAGUAUACGAACAUUACAUACUUAUACUGACACAAAAAUCAUAUCAUUUCAAUGAGGAUUUUAUUACUUUAAUCUUGACAAAAUAAAUUAUUGUGGCAAAUUUACAACAGUUGGCAAAAUAAAGGACUCAACAAAAACAUCAAAAACAGUGUAUACAUUUUUUUUUAAAAUUAUACAAAAAAUGUACAUUAUUCCAGUUCAAAUCAAGCAAAUUAAGUUGAAACAUAUUCACAAACACAUCCUUGUAAAUAAUUGAGAAAAAAUUAAACAAAUAAGUAAACAUGUUGAUCUUGAUACACAAUUACAAAUAUACAAUAUUUCCUCAGAUAAAUAUAUUUGUUUAAGUAGUUCUUUUUGUACAGACAGUUUGUAAUUUCAUUCAACAGAUAUAUACAAGCCUGUAGUGCCUAAUAUAACUAUUUCACAUCAAAUUAUUUCCUGGAAUGUUGUGUAUAUAUGUAGAUGUUGAAAAAGGCAACAUGGUCAUGAAGAGGUUCAUCCGAAUUAUAAAAAUAUGAGUUUUGUUAAAACUGUAUAUAUUGACCAAAAACUGAUUCUACAACAAAUGUCUAUCAGUUUAAACUACAUUCACAAGAAUUCAUAUUUACUGAGGUCAUCUGAGGGAAGUUCACACAUAGUUAGGCACUAACAUUCAAUCUUGUUGCUUGUACGAAGUAGGACACAUCCUCUUUGCAUGAUUUGACCAAUGAAGUGAUGCAUUUUAUAACGCACACUGCUGGGAAUUUAAGUGACUUUCAGUCAAACUUAAAUCUGUGUUAAACACCCCUAUUAUACUCGAUUGAAUUUCACAAUCAAGAUGGUUACAACAUCAUCGGUACCGGUCGAGGUGAUGUGGUAUGAGGCCCCUGACUUCACACAUGAAUAAAAGGGUCAAGAGUUCAAUUCAUUGCACACCACUUGUAUUCUAUGAAUAUUGUGGGUUUUUUUUAAUCAUACAUCAAACAGCUAAAAUCUUCAAGUAUUACUGAUACCACCAUGUGGUGAUGGUUUUCUCUUUUUUUCUAUCUUUCUCUAAAUUAAAAGGUAAUAAUGAUGUCAUGUACAUUUGGGUACAUCUCUGAAUUAAACAUAAAUAAAUAAAUGAAUAAAUAAAUAAAUUAGAGAAAAAACAAAUACAUAUACUCAAGCCAGGUGAAUGAAAGUCAUACAUAAUUUUUGAAAGGAAACUUCUUUUUAAAAUCACAUUUUUUCAUUUCACUCUACCGGUAAAUUGACUGUAGCAGCAUAAGAACAAAGUAUGGGAUGACUUUAACAGAGACGAUAAACCGAUACUCUGAUCAUCUUAACACAAAUGAUGGAUGACUGAAGAAACAUCUAUCCUGACUUUUGAGUCCUGAGUCUUGAGCAGCAUUAUCAUUUGGAAUCAAAUGUACAAAUCACAUUUAGAAUCUUGAAGAUAUUAAUUUCUCAAAAAUAAAUCUUGCAUUUCUACAAAUAUUUCAUUUCUAUAAUUUAUUUUCUUAGAUAAUUACAAAUCUUUCACUUGAGAUACGGAAAACUGUUCUCCAUUAAACAAGAGUGAAAGGGUGUUCUUUAUUUCUAAACAAAUUCUGAAACCAAAAGUUGCACUACACAAUACAGACAGAUACAAACUACCCUUUGACUGCUUUUGGAAAUUCUAAAAACAAACAAACUGCUUUGGCAAAAGCAUCCGUGUGUUCACUUCAAUGGAUCAUGUAAGGGGGGGGGGUCAACAAGUCAAAAAGUUCGCUCUCACCAACAUAAACAAGUUUUUUUUUAUAGGUCAAUAUUUUCCUCGAAGAAAAAUCGGCUAGCAAAGAAAGUGGAUUAAAUACAAAAAGAGUUUACAUUUUCCUAUUCUGUACCCAGCGAGGCUUGUAAAACCUUGACACUACAGCAUGUCGAUCAACAAUGAAACAUUUACUAUAUUCUGUUCGUACAUAUACAUCACCUUCCAUAAAUCAAUAAAUUCCUUACUAAAAGCAACUUUUUUGACAAGAUCACAAUAAAUCUUUCAACUUUUGUACAGCCAAAUUUCCCUGGAGUUGAACAGAAUUCUGAGUAUUUUCCCUUGAAUCAUCUCGUCUGUGAUUUUCACUGACAUAUUAUCUAUGCUUCAUAAAAUAUUCCAUCAAACCAAGAGAUUUGACUACCUGAGUUACUUGUUUUAUUAUCACGAGUUCUCACUUUAUUUCUACAAUCAGGACACACAUAUUUUUGCUCAUGGAGACUAGUUCUUCAGUCAUAGCAUUCUACUGCACACU